AUGCCGAAACGCGUCAACUCCGAGAUCUCGAGGCGAUACGACAUCGACAAGAAUGAGAUCGGAUCUGGCGGCUAUGGUAAGGUCUUCAUUGGCCGCGACAGGAACAUGAAAGACAGACUGGUUGCCAUUAAGAAGGUCAUUAUUUUCGAGGAUGCUAAGAAGAAGGCAUUCCUCCAGGAGGCCCAGAUCAUGAAGGACCUGGACCAUCCGAACAUUUGCAAGCUCUUGGAGACUUACGAGCAGGGCCGCUUUAUGUUCUUCGUGAUGGAGUACUGCGAGGGCCGUGAGGUCUUCGACCGCAUCAUGGAGCAAGGGCUGAUCCAAGAGUCAAUCACCGCGCAGAUCGUCCGGCAGUCGGCGAGCGCGCUCCUGUAUGCACACAAUCGCGGUAUUGCGCAUCGUGAUAUGAAGCCAGAGAACAUCUGCUUUUGCAGUAGAGACGUGACCAACAAUCACGUCAAGCUCAUCGACUGGGGCCUGGGCUUCUACUUUGGCCAGGGCCGAAUGAAUUCGGCGGUUGGCAGCCUCACCUAUGCAGCUCCAGAGGUCUUGGAGGCGAAAGAGAAGCAGGGCUACACAGCAGCUUGCGAUCUAUGGAGCCUGGGGGUAGUGACCUAUGCCGAGCCUCAGAGUUUCUUUGGGGACUUGGUCUUGGAUUGCAUUGGUCUUUUUACGGCAUCUUCCAGCUUGACCCGUGACAGCUUCGGGUGUGAGGUCAUGCUCUGUGGGAAGCCGCCCUUCUGGGGCAACUACAACGAUCAACUCCGGAGGACCGCCGGACCAUCCGAAGGCAUGCGCAAAAAGGCCUUUGUCUUGACCGCAUUGGAGUUCGAAGGGAUGAAGCGAGAGACCUUUCCAAUGAGCGAUAGCACUUGGCAGCAGAUUUCUCGACCGGCGAAGGAGCUGAUUCGUGGCCUUCUCAGAGCUGAUCCCAAGCAAAGGAUGAAGCUGGAAGAUGUGCUGCGAAACCCUUGGGUCAGGCUCCAGGACACUCCGGGUGGCAUGGACACGCGGAUCGCCAGUCAGGUACUGAACAACCUGCGUCAGCCAGAUGCUUGGUUUCACAAACAGUUUCGGCCCCUUGCAUGGCCCCUUCCGCCCUGCGAAGACUUCCGCGGUUGUGCCCGGUUCCGCCACGAAGUGGCGCAACUGCUGCGCACCUGCUGCGGCGCCUCCGAGGUUGCCCGACAGCUGGACCACCGGAACCUGAGAGAUGUUCACAAGGUGUUUUCGGAGAUGGACACCAACGGGGAUGGUGUGCUGGAGCUGCACGAGGUCAAAGAAGGCUUUCAGAAGUUUUUUGGCAAAGACAGCGAACAGGUGAAGGAUGUGGAGCAAGUCUUUCAGAGGCUGGACCUGGAUGGCUCUGGUGUCAUCGAUUACACCGAGUUUUGCGCCGCAGGCAUCGGCGAACGGGUCACCCUGGAGGAAGACGUGCUCUUUGCAGCCUUCAAAGCUUUUGAUGUCCAGGAGAAGCGUCCUGGAAGGGUGGUUGCGGACGACGAUGGGAGGAUCACCAAAGAGGAGAUCAUGCAGGUUCUGCGAAGUGUGGAUGUCAAUAAGCUGUGGACACCUGAGGUUUGUCAGCAGGUGGCCGAAGAGGUGUUCGCGACCUUCGACCAGAACGGCGACGGCUCCUUGGACUUCCAGGAGUUUGUGAAGCUCAUGAGGGAGUGUGCGGAUGCCCGGAUAGAAAAGCGGAAACUCCGUGCAACAGUCUCGACGGUCAUCAGAGAAACAGAAAGACGGCAGAGGUAA